AUGGCGCAUUCUGAUACCUUUCUCCAGAUAGAUGCAUCGAUCUCCGUGUCUCACUCUGGAAACCCUGCAUCUCUUGCUUAUUCGACUGCACGAACCCGCUGGCCGAAAAUUUUGAAAAACAUCAUUGUGGAUGUUGAGAACACUGUGCAGGAUGUUGAUAGUACCAACAAAAUUAGGGACGAUGGGUCUGCACUGCUAGCUGCGCUCCAAACGGUGCUCGACAGCAUGGAAAGUGAUGGCCGACUUCAGCCCAUCCCAAAUGACGGCAAUGAAGUUAUUGGUUCCUUCAAUCGAGAAUUAGAUUUCCUCGGCCCAAUGACUUGGCACAACUCCCCUUGGCUUUUCACGGAGAAUUAUCUUUACCGAUUAAUUCACAACUGCUUCGCCCGCCGGGAGACCCAGUUCUGGAAAGACUAUGAUCCAUUCGCCAAGCAAAAGGCGAAUGCAUUAAAGUCUUCUAAGAGCAGCAUCAUUGAGCUCGUUCAUUGGGUUCUGGACGUAAAUCGCAAGGUCAACGAAAAGUCUCUUACCGCAGCAGAAGACCUCAAGGCUAUAAUGGAGGAAGCUCUCCAAAUCAGUCUCUGGGGCAAUGCCGUCGACCUGCUAUUGCUCGUGCACGUGUCUACAGAAGAUCUCCAAAGUCGACAGGGCAAGAAGGCCAGAGAGAAUUUCAAGAAAAAUGUCGUCGACGAUGACACAGAGCAAGUCUGGGAGCUCCUCGCCCCAUUGCCAGCCAGGCAUCCUAACAACGAGAUUCACAUCGUUCUUGACAACGCCGGGUUUGAAUUUCUUGCGGAUCUCAUUCUUGUCUCCCAUCUUCUGGCAGCAGGCUACGCCGAAAAGGUGGUCCUCCAUGGCAAAGACAUCCCCUGGUUUGUUUCGGAUGUCACAGCUAAAGACUUUGAUUUCUUGCUGGAAACAUUCGAGACUUCAGGUUUCUCGGAGCCCACAACAGAGGAGGAGCAGAAAUGGACUGCCGAAUUUAGUGCGCAACUGCGCGAAUACUCCCGGUCCGGGAGGCUUAGAUACGAGGCACAUUCUUUCUGGACCACCCAGCACUGCUAUGCUCGCAUGCAGACAAUAGCCCCAGACCUUUGGACUCAACUCUGCGCUGCAGACCUCGUCAUUUUUAAAGGUGACUUGAACUACAGGAAGCUCGUCUUUGAUGGCCUUUGGCCUCGCACCACAAGCUUUCGAGAUGCCAUUGGUCUUCUGGGAAAGCCUUUGGCUACUGGGGACAUGGGAAUGCGUAUCUUGUCACUCCGAACCUGUAAGGCAGACACUGUCGUUGGUCUCAGCCCGGGGAAGGAAAAAGAAAUCGAUCCCGAUGCUACAGGUCAAUGGACCCGCAACGGCGAAUACGCCGUCAUUAGCUUCUGCGACAACAAAGGAGAAUGA